AUUGUUUCUCAGUAUCCAGUACAUGCUGAUUAUCAUAAAGAAUCUUGAAAACUGAAGUUCACAACAGACUUCCCCUGUUCACCUCCACAUCGCUUGGGUUGCCCGCUGCUCUUUUACCUGAAACCGACGAAACCCUUCCACCACAAUUGUCUCCAGCAUACCAUUUUAAUUCCUCUCUUUAUUCUCUCAUGGCAAACUUCAUCCGACAUCGACCCCUCCUGACAGGAGCGCUCACCAUAGUAACCGUCAGCAGCGCGGUCGCCUAUGUCACCAAGCGACGACUCAACCAGUCAUGCCCGACGAUUGCAAUCACAAAACUCACAAAGGCAAGCGCAUGUCGCAACCUAAUUGAAAUACCAUCUGAAGAAGCCACGCCGACACCAUUGGGCGUUACAAAAACAACUCUGCUAUCAUCAUGGUCAGGCGGCGACAAGACCUACUGGGUCCCAUCCUUUGUAGCAGUCCAAGCAGAGGUGCCUAUAUCGCAACUUUCGCAAUAUGGGCUGUUCAGUGAUGAUGGCAAGGAUGACAAGAAGCAAGACUUGCAUAGUCUAUCGAAGAAUCUCGUUGCUGCAUUUGUAGAUGCACGCGCGACAGGUUUAGAAACAUCGGUCUUGGACAGAGAAGUGCCGCCGUUAUCCUUUGCCACUUCUUCUCGUUUAUUUGGACGCCCAAGCGAGAUGGGAGCGUUCAUGCUUGGGACCUGGGAUUCGGAGCAUGGGAUGAAUGUCCGCCCAUCGGACUUGCCUUCUGAUGCUCCGAAGCCGGUCACGGAAUUUUGUUCUAAUGAAGAAGCUGUCAAGUAUGGAGGUGCUAAGGAUACAGCUGGUGCUGUGAUGUACUGGAUGUUUCCAAAAGCAUUGGUCGAAGGAGUUGACAAGGCUGCAUCAUAUGGCCUGCCGUGGCGAUCGAUGGAGGGUGGAUUUCAGGAGUUCAUUGUUGAAAGGGUAUCGGAUGACAAGGCGAGGAUAACAUAUGUCACUGUUGAAUGCACUAAUUUGCAUCCUCUUGGCCAGACAGAGCGGGAUUUCAAGAUGUUGCCUUGGCUGCUUUAUGAGGCGCAUGUUCUUUAUGCACAAAUACUGUGGUCGAAGACUUUGAGGCAGUUACAGCGAUCGCAGACGACUGUGAUAUAGAUGUGUUUAAUUAGUUAAUGUAACCACUCCGCUUAUU